UUAUAUGAGGCAUGCGAUGCGAGUGAUCCUGAGAUUAUACUUGGUAGCAAGAGGAAUCACAGUAAAAGCUUACUAGUCUCACUUGUGCAUUCAUUGCUUUUAUCUAUGGCUGCUGUGGUGUUUGAGUCAGGCAAGAAUGUUGAUUAUGCCCACGACCAUAUGAAGGGCGUCAAAGAUCUGUUGGACGCAGGUGUUACGAAUUCAGUGCCUGAUAAGUAUGUCUUUCCUGAGAACAGACGCCCAUCAGUCGCUCAAGUGGUACAAGGAGAGAGCAUACCCAUUAUUGAUAUCUCAGGCCUUGAUGGAUCCCAACAUGAACGACUUCAAACCAUCCAAUCUCUUGCCCAGGCUUGUGCAGACUGGGGAUUCUUCCGGGUAAUUAAUCAUGGGAUUGAGGAAUCUCUGAUAGGCAGUAUGUUAGAUGUAGCCCAUCAGUUCUUCUUGCUCUCCUCUGAGGAGAAGAUGAAGUAUGGGAACAGGGAUGUUCUGGAUCCAGUGAGAUAUGGAACCAGCUUCAAUGCCAAAGUUGACCAAAUUUUCAACUGGAGAGAUUAUUUGAAGCAUUUCUGCCAUCCUGUGAUGCAAACCCCAGAUAAUCCCCCAAAUUACAGAGAUGUUGCUGGACAAUACUUCAAGGAAACCAGAAAAAUGGCUUUGAAAUUGAUGGCAGCAAUAUCUGAAAGUUUGGGACUGCAGCCAAGUUACAUAGAAACUGUGUUCAGAGAGGGCCUUCAGGUUGGUAUAGUAAACUUCUAUCCAGGGUGCCCUGAACCAGAGCUUACAAUGGGCAUUGCACCCCAUUCUGAUCAUGGCGGUCUUACCAUACUGUUUCAAAAUGAGGUGGGAGGUCUGCAAGUGCGCCAUAAGGAUCAUUGGGUGGCAGUGGAACCAGUUCCAAACACCUUUGUUGUCAAUCUUGGUGACCAUUUGGAGAUUGUGAGUAAUGGGAGAUACAAAAGUGUAGAGCACAGAGCAGUUGUGAAUGCAGAGAGAACAAGAAUUUCAAUAGCAUCAGCCAAUGGGCCUGCUUUGCAUGCUUUGAUAUUUCCUGCUCCACAACUAAUUGAUGAAACUCACCCACCUCUGUACAGAUCCAUGUUGUAUGGAGAAUAUCUUAGGCUCCAGCAGAGCACAGAGCUUAUAGGUAAAGGUAACCUAGAUCUGCUCAAGAUACCAAAACAAGAAUAGUAAGUUAAUGAAAAUAUCUUGAGGGUGGGGGAGCAUUCCUGUGUUUUGGCUUUCAGGUGGGGCACAGGUAUAGAUUUUUUACUUUGCAAGUUGAUUAGGAAGAUUUUAUAUUUAAGCAUGUUUUAGUUGUACCAUAAGAUGGAGAUUUUUCAAGAAUUUAUAAUGCUUCAUUCUUGAGACAGCCACCUAGAUAUAAUGACUGUUGAGUGGAUCAUUGGCAGAUUGACUGGAAAUAUUAUAUUUUGAUACACUGUGAAAGUAA